CUGUCACUAGCUAUAUUGUCAAUAAACUGCCAGCUGAUUUUUCACAACAGCAAAGUGUCGGUUCACUACAAACACCAUUAAUUACACCAAUAGCAAUUAGUAGUUUAUAUAAUGUUUGGCAGCCUGAAGAAGAAGCUUAGCAAUGCAAUACAGGAGGGCAUUGUAAUUUCGGAGAGCCUGCAGCAACAGUACCGUCAGCGCGUCAGUAGCAGUAGCAGCCAAUCCAGUCUAGCAUCAAAAUCCAUUCCAACCACGCCACUGAGCCAAAACGAAAGCUUCACAUCAAGUCUCAAUAGCACUAGUACACAUUCGCUGACCGGAAACUUGGCUGACGGUGUGCCUGUGCAGUUAAAUGUCGCAGCGGGCUGUAACUUGUUAGCCAAAUAUGAAGACGACUGGCAAGUCAUGCACACAGCAAAUGAAGAGAAUGCUGCGCGGGCGGCGUCAGUUGCCACACAAAUUACAGCUGUAGAGCAUCGAGCCAGCAUGCAGCGGGCCACAAUCAAUGAUCUCAAUAGUUGUUUAGCUAAAUUACCCGAGCUGGUGACUAAACUUAAAGCCAGUGUAGCCACAUUACAAUCUAUGAAAAAAUUGGGUGAGCAGCUUGAAAUUGAAUUGGAGAAGUUAGAAGAUCUUUGUGAGGAGUGCGAAUUACAAGAGUUUAUGCUGGAAAAACAAUUUGAAUUGUCGAGGCACAAGCAAAACAAACUGAAUUCCUUGGAACAAUACAGACAACAAAUUGCUGCGCAACAUCAAGAAAAAAUACGUGCACAUGAGCAACACUUGAGACAAAUUCAAAAAGAGCGUAAUGCCGUUUUCGACAAUGCGUUUCAAGGGGAUCUUCAGGAGUAUAAGCAACAUGGCCAAUUGACAAAGAUACAAACAAAAGCAAACAACCUUAGUCUGGAGGAGGUGGUUUUGGAACAUAGUGACGAGGAGGCCAAGGAUGCCCUGGAACAAUUUCUUAAUGGUUGACAACUUGCAUAUGUAAAUCUAUAUGCUCUUUGUGCCUUAUAUACUGCAAUAUUUUUCUAUUUAUGCUUAAUGUGGUGUAACAGUUUCUUAUGUUUAUAUAG